CAUCUGAGUUUAUAUCUGCUUCCCCAUUCAGUUCCUCCUGAUGUUACUCUGGUAAAUGCAGUCACCCGUUCUGAGACUCACCUAGAUCUGGAGUGGACCAAAGUCGACAACAACAAUAAUUAUACUUACGUACUGAGAAACAGCAAUGGAGCAGAGGCCAGUAUCAUUGGAUUAGAUGAGGAGACCAGAGUGAAACACACAGUCUCGUCUCUCUCUGCUGGGACAAAGUACUCAUUCACUCUCUUCACUGUGUUUGAGGGAGUGAGAAGCACAGGGUAUACAUUCUCAGAGAUUACAAUUCCCCCUGAUGUUGCUCAGGCAAAUGUCGCAACCCUCUCUGAGACUCACCUAGAGCUGGAAUGGACCAAAGUCAACAACGACAAUAACUACAAUUACAUACUGAGAGUCAGCAAUGGAGCAGAGACAAACAUCACUGGAUCAGAUGCAGGGACCACAGUGAAACACACAGUUGCAUCUCUCUCUGCUGGAACAAACUACUCUUUCACUCUCUUCACUGUGUUUGAGGGAGUGAGCAGCACAGGAUUUACCUUCUCAGCAGUAACAGUUCCCUCCGAUGUUACUCAGGUAAAUGUGGUCACCCGCUCUGAGACCCACCUACAGCUGGAAUGGAGCAAAGUCAACAACGACAAUAACUACAAUUACAUACUGAGAGACAGCAAUGGAGCAGAGGUUGACAUCGCUGGAUCAGAUGCAGGAACCACAGUGAAACACACAGUCUCAUCUCUCUCUGCUGGAACAAACUACUCUUUCACUCUCUUCACUGUUUUUGAUGGAGUGAGAAGCACAGGACGCACCUUCUCAGCAGUAACAGUUCCUCCUGAUGUUACUCUGGUAAAUGCAGUCACCCGUUCUGAGACUCACCUAGAUCUGGAGUGGACCAAAGUCGACAACAACAAUAAUUAUACUUACGUACUGAGAAACAGCAAUGGAGCAGAGGCCAGUAUCAUUGGAUUAGAUGAGGAGACCAGAGUGAAACACACAGUCUCGUCUCUCUCUGCUGGGACAAAGUACUCAUUCACUCUCUUCACUGUGUUUGAGGGAGUGAGAAGCACAGGGUAUACAUUCUCAGAGAUUACAAUUCCCCCUGAUGUUGCUCAGGCAAAUGUGGCAACCCUCUCUGAGACUCACCUAGAGCUGGAAUGGACCAAAGUCAACAACGACAAUAACUACAAUUACAUACUGAGAGUCAGCAAUGGAGCAGAGACAAACAUCACUGGAUCAGAUGCAGGGACCACAGUGAAACACACAGUUGCAUCUCUCUCUGCUGGAACAAACUACUCUUUCACUCUCUUCACUGUGUUUGAGGGAGUGAGCAGCACAGGAUUUACCUUCUCAGCAGUAACAGUUCCCUCCGAUGUUACUCAGGUAAAUGUGGUCACCCGCUCUGAGACCCACCUACAGCUGGAAUGGAGCAAAGUCAACAACGACAAUAACUACAAUUACAUACUGAGAGACAGCAAUGGAGCAGAGGUUGACAUCGCUGGAUCAGAUGCAGGAACCACAGUGAAACACACAUUUGAUGGAGUGAGAAGCACAGGACGCACCUUCUCAGCAGUAACAGUUCCUCCUGAUGUUACUCUGGUAAAUGCAGUCACCCGUUCUGAGACUCACCUAGAUCUGGAGUGGACCAAAGUCGACAACAACAAUAAUUAUACUUACGUACUGAGAAACAGCAAUGGAGCAGAGGCCAGUAUCAUUGGAUUAGAUGAGGAGACCAGAGUGAAACACACAGUCUCGUCUCUCUCUGCUGGGACAAAGUACUCAUUCACUCUCUUCACUGUGUUUGAGGGAGUGAGAAGCACAGGGUAUACAUUCUCAGAGAUUACAAUUCCCCCUGAUGUUGCUCAGGCAAAUGUGGCAACCCUCUCUGAGACUCACCUAGAGCUGGAAUGGACCAAAGUCAACAACGACAAUAACUACAAUUACAUACUGAGAGUCAGCAAUGGAGCAGAGACAAACAUCACUGGAUCAGAUGCAGGGACCACAGUGAAACACACAGUUGCAUCUCUCUCUGCUGGAACAAACUACUCUUUCACUCUCUUCACUGUGUUUGAGGGAGUGAGCAGCACAGGAUUUACCUUCUCAGCAGUAACAGUUCCCUCCGAUGUUACUCAGGUAAAUGUGGUCACCCGCUCUGAGACCCACCUACAGCUGGAAUGGAGCAAAGUCAACAACGACAAUAACUACAAUUACAUACUGAGAGACAGCAAUGGAGCAGAGGUUGACAUCGCUGGAUCAGAUGCAGGAACCACAGUGAAACACACAGUCUCAUCUCUCUCUGCUGGAACAAACUACUCUUUCACUCUCUUCACUGUUUUUGAUGGAGUGAGAAGCACAGGACGCACCUUCUCAGCAGUAACAGUUCCUCCUGAUGUUACUCUGGUAAAUGCAGUCACCCGUUCUGAGACUCACCUAGAUCUGGAGUGGACCAAAGUCGACAACAACAAUAAUUAUACUUACGUACUGAGAAACAGCAAUGGAGCAGAGGCCAGUAUCAUUGGAUUAGAUGAGGAGACCAGAGUGAAACACACAGUCUCGUCUCUCUCUGCUGGGACAAAGUACUCAUUCACUCUCUUCACUGUGUUUGAGGGAGUGAGAAGCACAGGGUAUACAUUCUCAGAGAUUACAAUUCCCCCUGAUGUUGCUCAGGCAAAUGUGGCAACCCUCUCUGAGACUCACCUAGAGCUGGAAUGGACCAAAGUCAACAACGACAAUAACUACAAUUACAUACUGAGAGUCAGCAAUGGAGCAGAGACAAACAUCACUGGAUCAGAUGCAGGGACCACAGUGAAACACACAGUUGCAUCUCUCUCUGCUGGAACAAACUACUCUUUCACUCUCUUCACUGUGUUUGAGGGAGUGAGCAGCACAGGAUUUACCUUCUCAGCAGUAACAGUUCCCUCCGAUGUUACUCAGGUAAAUGUGGUCACCCGCUCUGAGACCCACCUACAGCUGGAAUGGAGCAAAGUCAACAACGACAAUAACUACAAUUACAUACUGAGAGACAGCAAUGGAGCAGAGGUUGACAUCGCUGGAUCAGAUGCAGGAACCACAGUGAAACACACAGUCUCAUCUCUCUCUGCUGGAACAAACUACUCUUUCACUCUCUUCACUGUUUUUGAUGGAGUGAGAAGCACAGGACGCACCUUCUCAGCAGUAACAGUUCCUCCUGAUGUUACUCUGGUAAAUGCAGUCACCCGUUCUGAGACUCACCUAGAUCUGGAGUGGACCAAAGUCGACAACAACAAUAAUUAUACUUACACGUACUGA